AUGUCUUUGACCGAGGAAGAGAUCAUCCCCCACAAGACGGAUGUGGGGGCGCUUGCCAACAGAAUCAACAUGGAGACCAGAACGCUCCACAACAAAAUCGACAAACUCGUUACCUUAAAAUUCGCCUUGGCUUUGAGAGACUACAAGAUCUACAGACAAGGGUUGCAGAGUUUCUACCAUGUAUUUGCCAUGGUGGAGAGACAACUCCAUGCGCAGUUGGCGAAGAAUGACGAGUGGAGCGAGUUGUUGCAAAAAGUGUGGAAGCCUGUGAUCGCCCGCAGUGAGCCUGCCCAGCAGGACUUGUUGUUCUACUACAACGACAGAAAGGAGAAAUUCAUGAACCCUAUCAUGCCUGCUCAGAUCGAGUUUGUCGAGCACAUCACCAAGGUGACGCUGGAAAAGCCAUACCUUUUGUUUGCCUACUUGCACGUUAUGUACUUGGCACUUUUCGCCGGUGGGCGUGUGAUGAGGCUGUCAAUCUCGAGAGCAACCGGCUUGUUCCCGCAGAAGGACGGCUUGAAUCAUGACGACAUUGUGAAGCUCGGAACAAACUUCUUCAGGUUCGACGUGGACGACGAAAACACCUUCAGACUCCUCUACAAGAGAGACUACGAGUUGGCUACCAGAAACGCCUUAACCGAAGAACAGAAGCUCGACAUCAUCGAGGAGUCCAAGUACAUCUUCCAGCAGAACGCCAAGUGCGUGAUCGAGUUGGAGCACCACAACUUGACCCGCAUCAAGAAGAAGUGGUCGUACUUCUUUGCCACGAGAGGGUACUACGUUGCGAUUGCCCUCUUCGCCAUUGCCGCGUUGUUGGUGCUCAGCAAGCUCCUUAGAACACUUUUUUAA